AUGUGGGCCGUGAUCUUUAUUGUAGCCCAGUGUAUCAUCACACCAGGAUCCUGGCUUGUCCCAAUGAAAACUUUACAACAAAAUGUUCAGGGGAAAAUGUUCUCUAGUGGAAAGUUCACGGUCCUGUCUGAUGGUUCCAUCUCACAAACAGACUUCCUGUUUUGUACAGGCCAGCGCGUCAUCCAAACUUUGGUGAUCAUAAACUCUGAACUUCAGGUCAUGUGUGACACAGUGACAGACGGUGGAGGAUGGACCAUUUUCCAAAGACGUGUUUCUGGUCCUGUAAAUUUUUACAGGAACUGGACGGAAUAUAAAAUUGGUGAUUUUAGUUCAGAACUGAGAGUGGAUAUGAUCUUCAAUGGGACAAAUUAUUUUGCCAAAUAUUCCAGCUUCAACAUUUCUAGCGAGGCAGACAACUACAGGCUAUAUGUUAGUGGCUUCACAGGAAAUGUCGUGGACAGUCUAGCCGCACUAAAUGGCAUGAUGUUCACAAUAUUUGACCGCGAUAAUGACAUAUGGCCUGCAAAGACAGAGAUAUGUAAAGAUUAUAGACAGAACAUCAGGUCAGACAUCUAA